GAUUUGAAUGCAGCACAGAUUACGUCAUACGGAGACUGCAUUGCGAUUGGCUUGUCACUUAAAGCCCCGCCUCCUGGUGAGAAGCAUUAAUACAAUUUUGGCUGUCGCAAGAAGAAGAAUCUUCAAUACUACCGAAGCUAAAAUGAUCAACUGGAAGGCUUUGGACAAUGUCCCCCUCCUCCUGUACAUCCUGGCCCUAAAGACACUGCUGCUGUGUCUGGCGUUCGCCGGGGUGAAGAUCUACCAGAGUAAUAAAAUAGAGAAGGCCCUGAAGAAGGAGCAGGCUGAGAAGAGGAGGCUAGCCCAGCAGACCCAGGAGCUUAUCGAAAGCAAGAAGGAAGACUGAGCAGAGGAAAGAAGCGGCUGUACACAGGGAAACAUGUUGCUGUCCUGAGCAACACACCACUUUCUCCACAUGAGCCAGGGGCUAAAUUACAGAAACUUCCUGUCUUAAGUUAGGAGGAGUCCAAGAGAGGAUCUGCAAGUUAGCAAGUUUCUGUAACACACUCUCAGACUGUCAGCAAUAGGGGGACUUUGCUGUGCUGUAGGGAAUGAUUUGUGUUUCCACAAACUGUUCACCAUGUCAGUGUUUAUAUAAGAUGAAAUUACGUCAUAAAACAUGCAGACUCCUAAAGUGAUCCUGAGAUGAGGGACUUUAUGUUGCGAUGACCUCAGUGGAAGAACCACAGGAGGCUCUGCAUCUACUUGUUAUUCGCCAAACACCCGCUCAUUUCUGGGCUCAUCUUCCCCCAAACAUCAGUUUGUACACUGUAAUAGCAGGAAGGUCAAAGCUUUUCAAGUGUGCUUAUUUAUAAGAAAACAGCAUGGUAUUUAUUCUGCUAUAUUCCUUAUACAUUGUGAACCAGCUUUGUGCCUAAUUUUUGUAAUUAUAUUAAAUUGUUUGUUCCACAUGCUG